CCAACGCCAAUCCAACCCCUGUCUCAUGCGCUAAUCAACACUCCUCCACAGGAGCAUUUACCUCCAGCUCGAUACCCCACUUGAAUCGACAGAACCCCACAAGCACCCCGAAGAUGAUAACCUCCGGGCUCACCAACGCCCCCAUCUCCAAAUCCCUCCUCAUCUACACCAUCACCUCCUCAGUGGCCUUAGCCAUCUUCGACCUCAAGCACCUAACCAAUAUCCACGUCGCCCCGCAUAUCUGGCAGUAUGGACAGUUCUGGCGCAUCCUGGUGUGGCAGGUAGCCGGGUUCGCGAAUUCCACCGAGGCGCUGUUCGCCGCAAUGCUGGUGUAUCAUCUGCGGGUUGUCGAGCGCGCGUGGGGAAAGAGGAAAUUUGCCACUUUCCUCUUAACAACACUCCCCUACGCGACCCUCCUCCCACCCCUUCUCUUAAUCCUCGUCCUCCGACCCAUCACCCUAGGGAAACUCAACUACCUCCCCUCUGGACCCGUGGCCACCCUCUUCGCCCUGUUGGCGCAAUACCACGCCUCCAUCCCCCAUACCUUCCGCUACCAGAUCUCUACCGCCUCCGCUUCCCCGUCGACGUCUACGAAAGACCAACCCCAACCGACGAGUAAAUUCCUAACCCUCUCGCUAUCGGAUAAAUCUACCACGUACCUGGUCGCUGCACAGCUGGCUCUGUCACAGUUCCCGGCUAUGGUUCUCCCCGCUGCGGUGGGGUGGUUGGUUGGGGUGGCGUGGCGGAUGGAGUUCUUGCCUGGGACUGGGGAAUGGAGGGUUCCGGCAUGGGUGGUCGGGGAGAAAGAGAGGAUGGUUGUUGCUGGGAAUGGAGGUGGCGAGAGUGGACGGUAUGAGGAUUUGAGGAGAAGGUUGGAGGGAGAGGCGAUGGCGGCGUCGGCGUCGGCGUCGGCGAGUUCGUCGGCUGCGGAUGCGUCGGGAGAGGGGGCAGGACAGCGAAGGAGGAAUGGAGGGGUAUAGAUUUGUUUCUUGGUUUCUGUAGAUAUAUUGGGGAGUCUGGGAUAAUGCUAGUGUGUUCUAAAGGUCGUAGGUGUGGUAGACCCGAGGCGUGUAAAGGUAUAUUUUGGAGGAAGGAUUUCUGGCAUGGUGUCGGAAAUGUGAAUAGUACCUCCUAUGCUAUUAUGGUUCAAGACUUGUCCAUUGCUUUGCCUUCUCAUUUGUGCAGCAUAAGGAUAUGAG